UGGAGAGAGAGAAAAAAGAGGAAGAGAGAGAGAGAGAGAGAGAGAGAGAGAGAGAGAGAGGGAAGUAGGAGUUUCAGGGCUGAAUUUUAUUCCUCUCCAAGACAGAAAGAAAAAACACAACACAACCUCUGACACAGAGACAGAAUGAGAAUGAGACAGAAAUAGUCUGAGGAAUAGAGAGAUACACAGAAGGAGAAAGGAGAAAAGGAAAAGCAUAGUAUAUAGGCGUGCACACACACACACACACACACACUCACACACACACACAGAGGUGGACAGGGAGAGACAGCAUGAGGCAGACUGAAAAAGGGGGACACAGACAGACUGCAUGGACACUGAAAAGGCAGAUUGAGCUAAACACUGAAAAGUGUUACCUAAAAACCAUCUGACACAGCAGCAGUCGAUGGUUCCCCCAGAAUGAUUGUAAACCCCAGAUCCUUAACUGUCUAAGAGAACUAUGCAAGGCCUAACGGGGGAGAUGUCCACGUUCUUUAACAUGUGUGUGUGUGUGUGUGUUUACACAGUUUUCACUUGUUCCCAUCUCAUCACAACUGUUUUGCCAUUUGUAAACAUUUCAUCAAGAUUUUACCUUUGAUUACAAAUGAAUUACAGGAAAAUGGAUCUAAAUAUAUCUAAAUAUAAUGGCUAGCUGACUGUAAACAAUAAGAUUGUAAAACUAAGAGUUUACUUGGUUUUGGUGAGGAUAAAUAAACUCUUUGUUAAAUGUUCUCAGGCGUGUUCUUGUAAAUUUACAGAUUACAGAUAGUUUUAAUGACUGUUUACUGCUACAUCUCAGGACCUGUCCAAGGACCAUGUCCUGUUGAAGUCUUUGAUGUAACGACUUACAUUAACUUACAGUGUCCUGUAUUCAUUCAUAAUAACAAUGGUAUAAAAAAAAAAAAAGACGUUUUGCUGUUGGUCCUAUUGGCUUCUAUUUAUAAAUCAUAAAUAACUUCAUGAGUCAUAAAAUACAGACAUGGAAUUUUAAAAUAAAACACAUGUUGUAAACUGUUUAAAGGCCAUAAAAAGGGAAAAUGUUUCUCAUUAAGAUGUAAUAAAAAAAAAAAUUAUCUUGUGAAUUUCACUUGGAGGUCGAUGUGUGUUACAAAACAGCCAAACAGGACUACUUACAGCACACAGUUCUUGGUGAAGGAGCAGUAUAAAAUGUCAUGAAAGGGUUUGAUGCUGCCAUCUAGUGUUCAACCAGGUAGGUUGGAUACUCUGCUGAUUCCUGUUAUCCAUGGGAAACCAAUGAUAUUUAAUGGUACAGCAGGACCCACUUUAGAUUUAUGCAGUUUCUUUAAUAAAUGUCAUUGUGUAAGUAGCCUAGCCUACUUGGAGGGACAGUGUUCUGCAGGAAGUUCAAGCAUGCGUUAACCUCGGCUAUAGGCAAGGAAUCCGAAAAGGGGAGGCGCAAGACCACAUCUGAAUCGAGUAUCGCACAACCAGAACGUAAACAAUGGUCGGGAAUAGUUAGGCCUAUACAAUUACGCAAUAUUUAUCCUAGUAAUAGUUAAGUUAAAAAAAAAGAAUCCGUGCAAAAAGGACACUCUUCAAAUCCGAGGCCAAAACGACAGGUGCUUGCUUGCACGUGUCUGUUGUCCGAAGUUCAAAACAGAACCGUAGGCCGAGCCGAGCCGAGCCUAUGAGGGUAGGAAGUGCAAAAGUCUUCAAGAGUCAAAUGAGCAGCCAACCAGAAUCACUUGAGCAGAGUGCAAUCUCGCAUUUGAGACAGAGCAAUCUCGGAUUCGGAGGAGGAACCCCCCUCCCCAGAACAACUCUGACGGUCAGCAGAGACAAACAUGAUCAGCAGAGGGACCACCACUUGUUCCAACAGCCGAAGGAGGCCUUCAUUCAGUGUGGUGGAGUUUGUGGAUGAACUUGGCCCUGAUAGCUGCAAGAAGGUGGACAUCAUCCCUUCCAAGUGGUUGGAGGGUCCUGACAGAAACGAAUGCUGGUGGCCACCAAGUUCCAUGCUCAAUGUGGCCAAGGCCGUGGAAGAGGGCAUGCCACCAGCUAGCAACUGGACACUGCGUGAAGUGCGUGUGCUGGCAAAUGCAGAUACUUAUGCAGAUGCCAGAGUAAAGCUACAUCAAGCUGAGUAUUCAUCUGACCUGACUGACACCAAAGGUGGCUCGAGAAAAAGAAAGGCAAGUGCAAAUGUCCUCCAAAGAAAAAUGAGCAGCCAAUCAGAAUCACGUGGGCGUUUGGAUUCAGAGGAGGAACUUCCACGCACCCCCCCAGACCAAGUCCGAGGGCCGGCGGAGAAGAACAUUAUCAGCCGAAACACCAGCCCUCCUGCCCAACAAGAUGCCAGGGCCACUGCCCAGCGAGACACCUGCCCUGCUCUUCAGGGAAUCGGCCACCCCACUUGUGAAGCCAUGUUGUCUAGAAUUAUUACAAUGUUAGAAAAAAUGAAGGAGACUCAAGAGGUCCAUAGUAUGAUGUUAAAUGCCUUGCCGAAUAAGCAAGGCGUACCGACGAUAGAGGACUCCGAAGGAUCGGCCUCACCUCUAAGAAUCCAAGCUGACGUUCAUGUUCUCAAUGAGGAGCAGGGGGAGACAGAUGUUGGCAUGGUGACAGAUGUAGGGAGCACAAGUGUGGACAAAGCAACACAGCACAAGGUUCGGAAGAAGAACAUGCCGUCAAAAAGCAAACUGCAAAAAGCUGAGAGGGAGCAGUCAAAACGGUCCAAAGGUGAACAGAGUCCGAAAAAGCAGUCUUCAAAGAAAGUCUACAAUAGAGAGGACGUGGCGCUAGCUUUGGGGGAGCUGCAGGUUGGGGGGAGCCUUCGCAAGGUUGCGGCAAAGUACCACAUCCCCCACACAACCUUGCAGGACUACAAGAAAAAUAAGUACAUGCACCAUCCUCACCCCAACCGCAUCCUGACUCCGGCCGAGGAGGAUGCCCUGGUGGACUACAUUCGGUGGAUGAGUGAGCACGGCUUCUCCAUCACACACGCGGUGGCCAAGACGCUCGCUUUGGAGAUGGUGGAGGCCACAGGUCGCCCCACCUUGGUCAACCUGGAGGGAGGCUUCAGCAAAAUGUGGUGGUUCCGUUUCCGUCGCCGCCACCGGGACAUAACCUCAAGAACACCUGACACCCUGGACCGCAACAGGCCUCAUGGAGCAACGGAGGAGGCUGUGGCUGUGGAUGGGCUCUUCUCUCUCAUUGAGCCCCUCUACGCUAAGCACGGUCUGGGAGAUAAGCCGCACCUAAUAUUUAACUGCGACGAAACAGUGUUUGGUCAAACCCAUUCCAGAGAAAUGGUCUUCUGCCAGAAGCAUGUAGAUUCCCAGCAAAACACUUUAAAGGAUGCUAUAACUGUCCACUGCUGUGUAAGUGCAAGUAGUGAGAGUAUCCCACCCCUUAUUAUUUUCGCCAAAUCCCUCCCCAAAGCUUCCUACGCCCUAGACGGGCCCAAAGACGCGCUGUACGGCGUCUCUAAGGAGGGCUAUAUGGACAGUGACCUGUUUGUGAAGUGGCUGGGCCACUUUGUGAAAUAUGCCCCCACCGAGCGCCCCCUUGUUUUGUUCCUGGACCAACGUGAGACGCACGUCUCCAAAGACGUGGUCAACUUCUGUCAAGACAAGGGCAUCGAGCUGGUGUGCUUACCGGCGAACACCACGCACAUGCUCCAGCCGCUGGACGUGUCUGUGUUCGGGCCGCUGAAGCUGGCGUCCCAGUUGGGGCUUGUUCGAGGGGACCGGGUGAGCAAGCGGCGGUUUUCUGCGCUUUUUAAGUGCGCAUACCGCAAGGCGGUGACACCAACCAAUAUAAAGAGCGGGUUCAGUAAAACGGGCCUCUUCCCACUGGACAGGGCGGCGGUGGAUUCUCCACAGAUCGUGAAAACGACAGCCUCUGCUUUGCGUGCUGCCUCCACCAGUGAUGCUGCUGCCGGCCCUGAUGCUGCUGCCGUCCCUGAUGCUGCUGCUGCCCCUAUAGAGGUUCUUAAGAAGAACAAACCAUCAAAAAGAAAACUGCAAAAAGCUGAGAGGGUGCAGUCAAAACGGUUCAAAGGUGAACACCAAAAAAGUCCAAAAAAGCAGUCUCCAAGGAAAGGCUACAAUACAGAGGACGUAGCGCAAGCUUUGGAGGACCUGAAGGCUGGGGGGAGCCUUCGCAAAGUUGCGGCAAAGUACCACAUCCCCCACACAACCUUGCAAGACUACAAGAAAAAGAAGUACCUGCACCAGCCCCACCCCAACCGCGCCCUGUCUCCGGCCGAGGAGGAUGCCCUGGUGGCCUACAUCCAGUGGAUGAGUGACCGCGGCUUCCCCAUCACACGCACGGUGGCCAAGACGCUCGCUUUCCAGAUGGUGAAGGCCUCAGGCCGCCCCACCAUGGUCAACCUGGAGGGAGGCCUCAGCAAAAUGUGGUGGUCGCGUUUCCGUACCCGCCACCCAAACAUAUCCGCAAGAAAAGCCGACACCCUGGACCGCAAAAGGGUUCAUGGAGCAACGAAGGUGGCUGUGGAUGGGCUCUUCUCUCUCAUUGAGCCCCUCUACGCCAAGCAUGGCCUGGGAGAUAAGCCGCACCUAAUAUUUAACUGCGACGAAACAGGGUUUGGUCAAACCCAUUCCAGAGAAAAGGUCCUCUGCCGUAAGGGGCAGAAGCAUGUAUAUUCCCAGCAAAGCACUUCGAGGGAUCCUAUAACUGUCCAUUGCUGUGUAAGUGCAAGUGGUGAGAGUAUCCCUCCCUUUAUUAUUUUCGCCAAAUGCCUCCCAAAUGAUGUCUAUGGCCUAGAAGGGCCAAAAGAUGCGCUGUACGGCGUCUCUGAGAAGGGCUAUAUGGACAGUGACCUGUUUGUGAAGUGGCUGGAACACUUUGUGAAACACGCCCCCACCGAGCGCCCCCUUGUUAUGUUCCUGGACCAACAUGAGACGCAUGUCUCCAAGGACGCGGUCGACUUCUGCCGAGGCAAGGGCAUCGAGCUGGUGUGCUUACCGGCGAACACCACGCACAUGCUCCAGCCACUGGACGUGUCUGUGUUCGGGCCGCUGAAGAAUGCCUUCACCAAGCUGGCGUCCUCCUUGGGGCUUGUUCGAGGGGACCUGGUGGUGAGCAAGCGGCGGUUUUCUGCGGUUAUAAAGCACGCAUACCUCAAGGCGGUGACACCUGCCAAUAUAAUGAGCGGGUUCAGGAAAACAGGCCUCUUCCCACUAGACAGGGCGGCGGUGGAUUAUUCACAGAUUGUGAAAAUCACUUCCUCUUCUUCGCGUACUGCCCCCGGUGCUUCCGCUGUCUCUCCUGGAGGUACCCCAGCCGUUUCUCCAGCCACAGACCCCUCUGUCUGUGCCACCACCACUGCCUCCUCUAGUGAUGCUGCUGCUGCCCCUGAUGCUGUUGCCCCUGAUGCUGUUGCCCCCUGAUGCUGUUGCCCCUGAUGCUGUUGCCCCAGAUGCUGUUGCCCCAGAUGCUGGUGCCCCUGAUGCUGUUGCCCCAGAUGCUGUUGCUUCCGCCCCUGAUGCUGUUGCUCUUGCCCCUGAUGCUGUUGCUCUUGCCCCUGCUUCCGCCCCUGAUGCUGUUGCCCCAGAUGCUGUUGCUUCCGCCCGAUGCUGUUGCUCUUGCCCCUGCUUCCGCCCCUGAUGCUGUUGCUCUUGCCCCUGAUGAUGUUGCCCUUGCCCCUGAUGAUGUUGCCCCUGCUUCCGCCCCUGAUGCUGUUGCUUUUGCCCCUGAUGCUGUUGCUGCCCCUGUGGGAGAUGCCAGCUCCAGCAUUGCUACCGCUGCCCCUAGUUGUGCUACCAACCGGUAUGGUGUCUGUUCAACUUGCGGUUCGAAGCCGAACCCCCUGGUGCUGGCUGGCUUAAUCCCGGAGGAGCUUGCAAACAUUCUGGUCCCCCCCAAGUUUGUGAAGUCCGACUCUCCCCGGAAGCGCCUGCCUCUCCCAGCGAGGGUGAUCACGUCGGAGGAAUAUGCCGCCCUCUUGGAGGAAAAACUCGCUGAGGAAAGGGCCAAACAAGAUAAGAAGAGACGACGGAAGAGGAAGAAGAAGGAGGAAUGUUAAAGAAAAUGGGAGGAGUCAAGCAGACGAGGAGUUGCGGCCACAGUCGUGAUGCGGAUGCUGAUGCUGACUACAAGCAACGCUCUCUGGCUUCUUGUAAGCCUCAAAUUACUUGUGAUCAAGUGAACUGUGUGAACUGUUGUUUGGACUACACCAAUGUUGUCGAUUAGUGAAUGGUAGCUCAUUACUUACUGUAUCUGAAGGACCUUGCAAUUGAAACUCACAAGACAAAUACACAAGCCAAAGGGGGCUGUAGAGACCGAUUCAAUAAUACAACAUUUUUUUAUUGCUUAAACUGCCAUUAGGACAAUCUAUACCAAAAAAGGGCUAUAGUCUGAGCACACAUACAAGAAAUUAAACAUUGUACAGACAUCGGGUAAAAUAGAAUUUUU